AUUAUAAAAUAUUAACUUAGCGCACAUAUAUACAUGCACCAAUCCAAUAUAUAUAGACUAGAGCAACGUUUGAUAAAAUUCACGAACUAACAAACGAAGAGAGAUGGCGAGUACAAGUUCGUCAAGUUAUGGGAUUGAGCACCUUCAAAAAGAAUGUUACUACGAGUGGAUGAGUUUACAAGCUAAACACAUAGUUGAUCUCAAAGAAGCUCUCAUGAGCCAACAAUCAGACGACUAUCAUCACAUACUCGAAGAACUCGUUGGUAAAAUCGUCAACAACUUCCAAAAAUACGCCGAAAAAAGAACAGAGCUGACAGACCAAAGCUGCUCGAGCUACUUAGCACCAUCUUGGAACUCUUCUCUAGAGAAUAGUCUUCUAUGGAUGGGUGGAUGUCGUCCUUCAUCUUUCAUCAGAAUUAUAUACGCUCUAUGUGGCUCCCAUGCUGAAGCUCAUCUUUCUCAGUGUCUCCUCCAGAUGGAUGAAAACGUCGAAUAUGGGCAUGACGGUGAUAGUACCUUGAGGGAUCUUACCGCCACGCAGCUUGAGAAAAUCAAUGAUUUACAUAUAAAGGUGAUAGGGGAAGAAGAUAAGAUAAGUAAAAAAUGUGCGAAUUUGCAAGAGGAUGUUGUGGAUAUGCCAAUUGCUGUCACGGCUUUCUGGAGGGAUUCGGUUGAAGCUGAUGUGGCGGUUGAAGAUGCUUUAGAUAAGCACGAAGAGUGCAUGGGGGUUUUAAUGGCGGAGGCUGAUAAGCUGAGGCUAGAGACGCUUAGGAGGAUUGUGGAGGUUUUGACUCCGGUUCAAGCGGCUGAGUUUUUGCUCUCCGGGAAGAGAUUACAUCUGUCCUUGCACGAAUGGGGAAGGGCUAGAGAAGAGCGUCGUUAUGGUUGUGUGCACGUGCGGAUGCGGAUGCAGCAGCCGCAAGAAGCGGAGCCGGGAAGUCAAAGAGAUCGUCCGCUUGUUGAUAUGUGAGUGUGAGUUUUGUGAGGUUGAUAAAUAAUCUUGUGUAAUAGUUUGGCCUAAGUAGAGAUGAGAUCAUGUUAAGUGUCUUUAGGUGUGUGUGUGUGUGUGUGUGUUGUGUGAGAGA